UAUCAAAAUUCAUACUUAUUGUAAUUCAUAUUUUGUUUUGACUCUAUUAUUUCAAUAUGACAUCUUNUUGGUAUUUUCAAUAAUGCAACUUGAUUUCUUACACUUUUCUAUAUCAAAUAGGUUUAUCAUGGAUAGGGGUAAGAGUGCUGCAAUUGAGUCCUCCGGUGGCAUGAGAGAGUUUUGCAAAUGGACAGAGGACAUGGAUGCAAGGCUAUUGCAUUCAAUGAUUGAGGAAAAUCGUUUGGGUAACAGAGUUGAUGGCAGCUGGACCACGCAAGCGUAUAAUAAUAUGGUUCAAUACCUUCAUAACUCAGGUUAUGUUCAUGUUACUAAAACUAACGUAAAAAAUCGGCAAAAGGUAUUGAAAGACAAAUGGCGUGAGGUUCAUGACCUGUUUGGAUCAUUGAGUGGUUUUGCUUGGAACUCCACUAUGAGGUUCGAGGCUGAAGAUGAAGUCUGGGAUGACCUCAUUCAGACGAGGCCAACUGCANCAAAGUGGAGAGUGACAUCCAUAAAAAAUUAUGAUUUGAUGGUGGAGUUAUGGGCAGCUGAUAGAGCGACUUGGAGGGGUGUUCGCACGGCUCGUCUAAGACAUCGUGAUCGGGUUGCCCCUCGUGUCAGUGUUGAUUUAAACGAGAACAUAGAUUACAUUCCUGAACAGCCUGACUGGACGGGUUAUAGAGACCCAACACCGCCAUCGCCUCCUCCAUCGGUAGAUGAAUAUAGUCCAUGGAACACUCAGUCCGUGCCUUCCGUUCCAUCUGAUGGAACAUCAUCCUCUGGACGGUCAAAGAGAAAGGCACCUAUGGUCGAUGCAAUUGAAUCCCAUUUGGAAAGGAUGUCGACCAAUCUGGAGGGUUUCACGNCUGCCGUUAACUCUUCAAAUGUGCAUUUUGGGGUCAUUUCUAAUGCAGCCGUAGAUCAAGUCGCGACAAUGAAAGAAAGGAAUGAAAUAUUACGUUCCCAAACUGAGGUUCUUCGUUCCCAAACCGAGGUUCUUCGUCGGACGCAGAACUACACAUACACUGAANCUGACAUUUAUGAAAUGNUGUGUGGAAUGCACAUACCUGAUGAGUCUUAUNUGGAGCAAUGCUACGACUUCUUAUGUGGAAACCAGUCAUGUGUGAAGAGGCUGAUGGGGCUUCCACCCCAUAAGCGGUGGAAUAAAUUGUGUCAGAUGAUAUCGGGAGGAGACUGUUAGGAUGUAUUAUGUCACUACAUGUAUUUGUAUUAUGUUAUUGACUUAUGCUUUGUAUGAUGACUUCUACCUUGUAUUUCUAUCAUGACUUAUGAUUAAUAUUAUAUUAUUGAUGACUUCUACCUAUGUUGACCAUAUUUGUCAUUGGUUGUUAUUGUUUAUAAUAUUGAAUAAUUUGUUUACAUUUAUUGUUUUCAUGAAGAAAUAACCAAAUGGCAUCAUCAUCAAGUAAAAGGUCUCGGAAUAGUCGUAAGGGAAAACAAACCCUAACUGAGUCAGAAGAUGCACCACCUGUCAGACCAUUUAUUGCUGAACAAUUAGAUCAGCGUCGUUUCUUCACUCGUACCGAGCAGAUGGAAAACUAUGCAGCUGAUUUUUAUACAAGGAAUAUUGUCAUGCCUAAAAUAAUGAAUUUCGAAUCAUUUGCCGGUUCAGGGUUAUAUUUCCAACAUCAUCUUAUUUUUCAAGGGGUGGUCGAAUUUCUGACACUGCAGGCACCGUUCUAUCCGGAUUUAAUCAA